CGGCGUGCCCUGCGGCACGGGGGCCGGACCCGGAAGUUCCGGGCCGGGUGCCAGGUGCCAGUAAGUCGUGUAAGGUUUACGUGGAAACUGGGGUCAUGGCUGCUCCCGGCCCAGCGCUCUGCCUCUUCGACGUGGACGGGACUCUGACUGCUCCCAGGCAGAAAAUUACCGAAGACAUGGAUUGCUUUCUACAAGAACUGAGGCAGAAGAUCAAAAUUGGCGUCGUGGGCGGGUCGGACUUUGAGAAAGUACAAGAGCAACUGGGAAACGACGUGGUUGAAAAAUACGAUUACGUGUUUCCAGAAAAUGGCUUGGUAGCAUACAAAGAUGGGAAACUCGUGUCUAAACAGAAUAUUCAAGGUCACCUGGGUGAGGCCCUGAUUCAAGAUUUAAUCAACUACUGUCUGAGCUACAUUGCGAAAAUUAAGCUCCCGAAGAAGAGGGGUACCUUCAUUGAAUUCCGAAACGGGAUGUUGAACGUGUCUCCCAUCGGAAGGAGCUGCAGCCAAGAAGAACGCAUUGAGUUCUAUGAACUUGACAAAAAAGAAAAUAUCAGACAAAAAUUCGUGGAGGAUCUGCGGCAAGAGUUUGCAGGGAAAGGCCUCACAUUUUCCAUAGGAGGCCAGAUCAGCUUUGAUGUCUUCCCCGACGGCUGGGACAAGAGGUACUGCCUGGGGCACGUGGAGAAGGACGGCUAUAAGACCAUUUAUUUCUUUGGAGACAAAACCAUGCCCGGCGGGAACGACCACGAGAUCUUCGAGGACCCCCGGACCGUGGGCUACACCGUGACGGCGCCCGAGGACACCCGCAGGAUCUGCCAGGAGCUCUUCUGCUGACCGUGCCUCUCCCCGGGGAAGGCGGAGGGGACAGGGGGCAUACUGGCAGUGGGGCACCCCCCGCCGCCGGCCUGCAAGCCCUCACUGCAGCCCCGGCUCUUCCUGAGCAGGAGGGAGAAGGGAAGCCUUGUCUAAACUCAAAAUAGAUUAAAGACUGAAGUGUGAGACCUGCAGCCACGUAACUCCUGGGAGAAAGGCGCGGUGGCACCGUCUCUGACAUCCCCUGAGCAAUGACCUCUCUGGACCUGUCUCCUGCGGCACGGGGAACAAAGGCCAGAAUAAACAAGUGGGACUGCAUCCAACUGAAACUCUUCUGCACAGCAAAGGAAACCGUCAACAAAAUGGAAAGGCGACGUGCUGAAUGGGAGAAGGUACGGGCAGGUCCUAAAGCCGACAAGGAGUUCGUAUCCGCAAAAGACAGAGGAUGCAGACAACCCACUAUCAGAAAAAGCAGCCCAAUUAAAAGAUGGGCACAGGACCUCACAGGUACUUCUCCAAGGAAGACGUACACAUGGCCGGCAGGUAGACAGCGGCCUCAGGGAAGCGAACGUCAGAACCACGGCAAGGGAGCGCCUCGCACCUGUCCGAACAGCAGUCGCCACCAAGACGUCCAGCGACAAGAACUGGCGACGCUGUGGGGCAGCCUCUGCCUCCACCGCUGAGGCGAAGCGAGCCCAGUACCGCCACUGCAGACCCCGCGUGGAGGUUCUUCAGAACAGUGGGCAUGAAACCACGGUACAGUCCAGGAAGAAGGAAAAAUGCUUGUCAGGAGGGGUUCACGGGACCACCUCCACCAAGGAGUGUUUUGUGCCGCCCAGCCCAGCCCUGGUCGGGGCACUCCGUCUACCCGGGGCGCGUGGUUUGCCAUCAUCCUACUGCAGACAGAACACCGGGGCCCUCCCUGCUCCUGGGUCUUGCGGAAAAUGUAACCAUAUCCCCAACGGGACUCCUGGCAUCGGCCAGAAAGGGGGCUUUGGUGAUGAGAAAGGACAGGACGCUUCACGACCUCCAACCCCAGGGCAGACGGUUCAAAACUUGUGGAAGUGAAGGAGUGCGGUGUGGUCAUCAGACGGACUCAGCCGAAUGACCGUGCCGCCUGCGCGUGGCGGCAGCUGGCCGAGUGACCACCGCCCCAAGGACUUUGCACCCCACGGGCCCAGGAUGCAGGGGAGCUCUAUGUCCACCACACUGUGAAGAGCCCCAAGGGGUGGGUGGUAAGGGAUCCAGCGUUCCUCCCCUGCCCAAGCCCGGGGACGCACUGGGGGCAGCACACUACACCCCAGCAGCAGUUCCCAGGGCUGUUUGCCCUCCUUCUCAGGGAUCAGGAAAGGGCCUGAACUCUUCACAGACCAGGGGCUGCGGUUUCUCUGCUGAUCUCUGAGCAUAUCCACCCAGGCCUCCCUCACCCAGCCUUUGACCUGAGGGCUGGAAGCAGCCGGGUUGGACCUGCAGCUCUCCCUCUGCCCCCCGUGCGGUCCUCACGAAAGUGGAAGGCAGCCCAGGCCCUGGUCCAGAGCAGAGCUUUCCAAGAAAACGGUUCACAUGUCACUUCUCAGCAUCUGGAAACGUCAGGACCCACAGUCCUGCCACAGGCUGGUGCUGGGCCUCUGCUGGGGGCUAGUGGACCCGAAACCCAAUGGGGGGGGGCCUCUGAUUACCCCAACCCCUUCAUCAUGGAGGAGCCUGUUCCCCACUCCUCCCCUGGCCCUGCCGGGCAUCCCUCAGGAUCAGCGCAGGUGACAGCAAGAAGCAGGCUGUGAGGUCAGCCCCCGCGCCCUCCUCCCACCCCCCAACCACACACAGGGGAGAGGUUUCCCAGUGGUUCCCAGGACCCCCAUCCAGUGGCGUCUUUUCCUGGUUGAAUUUUACAAAUGAUACUGUAAUGACCUUCCAAGAUGACAAGAAGCAAAUUAAAGUGAUUCUGAGGUUUCCUGUUC